UCGUACACUACACGAAGCCCUGUAGAGAAUCUGUCUGCAGUCGCCCCCACUCUCAACAUUCAACAAGUACGGUAUGCUGCUCUAUCAGUUCAUUCUGGGGAGUUCGAAAGGUCACCAUGUGACAACCAACCAGGGAUGUGAACCCACAUGAAAGCUCACCGUGUGAUUUCUCACAGUCUGACAUUCGCUCUCGUUCUUUUUUUAACUAAACGAAAUUCCAUCCUUUUUUUUAAAAAAAAAAACUUUGGACAAACUUUCGCAUGUUUUCCUUCUGGAUGACAAAACAUGAACGGAACUGUUGGCUAUGAAAAGAUCGCAACCCCCUGACCAUGAACGAUGUAUUCCCCAACUGUCGUGUAUGACACAAAUAUACAACAUCCCGAAUGUGUUUUCGAAGAGGAUCGAUUUCUUUCAAGGAUUCGAGAAAAGAAAGAUGAACGAGAGGAUGUACAGAAGAAAACCUUCUCCAAAUGGCUUAAUUCCCAGUUAUCAAAAGCUAACCAACCUAUAAUCAGAGAUUUGUUUGUGGAUCUGAGAGAUGGGACCCGACUUUUAGCUAUUUUGGAAGUACUUUGUCAUAGAGAAUUGAGAAGGGAGAGAGGUAGAUUACGUGUGCAUCACUUGAACAAUGUUGGCCGUGCCUUACAAGUGCUGGAAGAAAAUGGUAUAAAACUUGUAAAUAUUAGUACCAAUGAUAUUGUGGAUGGCAACCCAAAACUGACAUUAGGACUUGUGUGGAGCAUUAUAUUACACUGGCAGGUCCAUGGAGUUUUGAAGAAUGCCAGCCAUGAAAUUCAUCAAACAAACCUAGAAAAGACAUUAUUAGCAUGGUGCAGAGAUGCUACCAAGGGUUACAGUGGCGUAGACAUCAGGAACUUCACAACAAGUUGGAGUGAUGGAUUAGCAUUCAAUGCUUUAAUUCAUAAAUUUAGACCAAACCUUUUUGACUAUGGAGGUUUGAUGAGAAAAGAUGUCAUCACUAGAUUAGAACAUGCCUUUCACAUAGCACAUCAGUAUUUGGGAAUUGAUAAACUUUUAGACCCUGAAGAUGUGAGCACUACACGGCCAGACAAAAAGUCUGUGAUGAUGUAUGUCAUGUGCUUUUUUCAAGCAUUGCCCCAUGAAAACAUUCCAUUUAGGAGACUUGAAUCAGUGGAUUUGUCUGAUUCUGAGUCAUCAGUUCGUGGACGUCCAAGCUUUGGUGGGAGUGAUGUGUCAACCUAUCAAUCAAGUUUAGAGGAUGUUUUAACUUGGCUACUAGAGGCUGAGGAACGUCUUAGUCAAGAACGCCCAGUCGAGGGAUCUGUAGAGGAGGUUAAGUCAUUAUUCCACUCUCACGAAGAAUUCAUGCUUGAAUUAACUCAGCAUCAAAUAAAUAUUGGGGAAGUAUUACAAGAAGGUCAACGAAUUAUUAGUAAGGGAAGAGUCACAACUGAAGAACGAGAGGAAAUUCAAACCCAGAUGGAACUUUUGAACAGUCGUUGGGAAGAUCUUCGAAUAAAGGCCAUGGAUCGACAAAGCAAGCUUCAUGAAAUGCUAAUGGAAUUACAACAGCAGCAGCUCAAUAGCUUACGCCGAUGGCUUACUGAAAUGGAAGACAAGAUCAGUCGGCUUGGUCCAGUGGGUCCAGAUCUACCCGCUGUACAUAGACAAAUUGAACAACACCAGAAGCUACAAAAUGACACUGAACAGCAACAAGAAAUGGUCAACUCACUCUCAAACAUGGUAGUUGUCGUAGAUGAAAAUAAUGCUGACAGUGCUUAUUUAGAUUUAGAAGACCAGCUUGCUGCAUUGGGUGAACGUUGGGCACACGUUUGUCAAUGGGUGGAGGAUCGAGGAUCGCUGCUACAAGUAGUUGCUCCUGCAUGGAAACAGCUGGAAGAGGAAGAAGCUCACUUCAAACAGUGGCUUCAUCUUAAAGAACUUCAACUUUCAGAAAUGGAAAAAUCUAAUUUUACAGAUAGCUAUGGCAUAUUAGAAUCAGUGAAGCAACUUCAGGAGUUUGAACCAGAAAUGGAGACACAAAACAAGAACUUGAGUUACCUCACAGAACAGACUCAGAGAAUUGUUGGCAAGAUAGAGUGGGGAUCCUUUGCAGCCAGAGAACUGAAUCUGAAAAUCAGCCAGCUAACAGACCGGUGGGAUAAUCUGAUUCAACGCAUUGAGAACCUUAGUAGAAAGCUUUCACAUUCAGGUGUAGAACAGAAAGUACGACAACAGGCAGAAAAACAAGCAAGGUCAGUUGGACAAUACAGGCGAGAAACAAGAACUAUACAAACAAAUUUGACAGGAUCUCUGGUAACUCAAUCCACUGCAGGAGGGGCCAAAAAGAGGCGAUUAGAUAGUUGGCAGAUACAGGAAUGGUAUCGUAGCUUGGAUGCAGUAAAUAGUUGGUUAGAAAGAAUUGAAUGUACAUUGUCUAGUGGACAAGGUGGGAAAAGGUGGGAUAACUCAUCUUUAGCAGAUCAACAAAUUUUGCUUGAGGAUGUUGAAGCUGAUGUAGGAACUCAUAAGGAAGAAGUUAGACAGGUUUUAUCUCAGGGGCAUCAAGUUCUGGAAGACUUAAAAUCAGGUGGAGAAAACACAGAAAAGAUGCAGAAUGUACUGCAAGAAGUGCAACGACGAUGGGAAGAUGUCCAGGAAAAGAUGGAAACACAAAGAAGGAGGAUUGAGGGAUUAGCUGAAGCAGCACAAAUACAGUCUGAAUUAGAUGUGCUGGAAGAGAUGUUGGAGUCACACAGGAAGUGGCUGGAAAAGGCAGAGAUUACUCUCCGUCAUGGACAAGUGGAAGAAUUGCGAAGGAUAGCAGAUCAGUGUAAAAUAAGAAUUAAGUCCUUGCAAGGCCAGGAAGAAAAGGCAUCACAACUUAGAAAGCAGGCCAGAGGGCUACAGAACCAACCCUUUAUGCCUGCCACAUUACCUGUUACACAACAGCUUGAUCGGCUAGUUCAUCGAUGGGAUGAUAUCAGUUAUCGGAUGGGGGAACUGGAACGGAGAGUAGGUAACAGUGUAAAUCACUCGCCACCACCCAAGUUUCUAGAGGCAGUGGAGGCCUUAGAGAGUUGGCUGAUGAGUGUACAGCAGGCUCUGACAUCAGAACAGUUUCACGUGACUGAUAUAGAGAAGUUAGAAGAUCAGCUACAGAAAUACAGGGAGCUACAGACCACUGUUGAAGAAGAAGAGUCAAAUCUUCAGUAUGUGAACAACACAGCUGAAGAACUGUUAUCUGGACAACCUGAAGCCCCUUGGCUUGCUGAUCUAGAGCGCCAGCUGAGAGAUUUGAACGCAUAUUGGAAUGAUGUCUGUACACUACUGGAUGAACGACAAGAUCGAAUAGAAAGAACAAUAGCCCAACUUAAACAGUUUCAGGAAGAAACUGAGGGUUUAACCAGCUGGAUGCUUGAUGUUGAUCUGUUUCUUCAUGCAGAAGAAGCAGCCAUUGGAGAUGUUGAGACUCUACAAGCUCAACUGGAACAGAGUACUGCUUUGCAAGAUGAUAUUAAAACUAUUCAACCUAACGUGGACAACAUCAACUCAACGGGCAGAGAGCUUUUACAGAAUGCAGAAGUUUCUUUCAGCAACAGACUUAAAGACAGACUCUCUCAGUUGAAUGAAAAGUGGAACACCGUACUACGACUUGCUCAAUCAAAGAAUACCAGUUUAGAAGAAGCUCUGAGGAAAAGCCAAACUGCAGUUUCUGGUAUUUCAGAGUUUGAGAAAUGGCUUACAUCUGUUGAAGCUGAGAUGCCAAGUGAUGAAUCAAUCACUACCUCGGUUGAGUUACAAACUAGGACAAAAAAGUUCCAGUUGAUAAAGGACAAAUUAGAUGCUAAAGCUUCAGACCAUCGUCGUCUAAAAACUGUCAUUAAUGAUAUGCUUGCUAGAGGCAGGACGACAAGAUUAGAAGAAAUCUUAUCACAGUUAUCAAUGCUUAACACACGUCUGAUUGAGAUGACAAAGAAAGCCCAAGAUUCUUUUUCAACUCUAAAAAAGGCAGCAGGAAAGUAUGCAGAAUUCAGAAGCCUGAUGAUGACGGAGAAAGAUUGGCUGGAUCGUCUAGAAAGAAAGUUGAAACGUUCACCAGAGUCAGCAGCUGAUGCUGAGGAAAUCUCUGAAAAUCUUGAUGAUUUGGAAAACUUCCUUCGUCAUCACCCUCCUGAUCGUAUACAAACCAUUCAGAAUAUUGCUCAGACUCUUAUAGAUCAGAACAUCAUGGCUGCUCUGCUGCAGGAGGAAGUUGAUCUAAUUACAAAGCGUUGGAACACUUUAACUCAUCAGGGAAGGGAGCGUCAGCAAGUUCUGGAAAGUAGGAUUGCUCAGGCUCAGCAGUGCGAGUGUCAGGUUUUAGCAGUUCAAGGUUGGAUCACCCACAUGGACACUGUAUUGCAAAAUAGGCUAGACAGUGACAUUUUAGCCCAGGAUGUGCCAGAGGAAAAUGCUCAGCUACAAACUGAAUUUGCUGAGCAUGAGGCAACCAUCAAGAGGUUAGAGAAAGAAGUAGAACAGUACAGACACCAAGGACGUCACGAAGCUUCCCUUCGCUUAGAAGAACAGUUACGAUUAGUGAAAAAACGAUUUGCAGAGCUGAGUACCAAAUUUUGCAAGUUCCAGAAACCUUCAGAUUUUGAGCCAAAACUAGGACGGGUUGUUCGAAUGCUGGAUGAAGUGGAGCAAGGCCUUCAUCUACUAGAAGUGACAACUGAUGACCCUGAAACUUUGCAAGACAAAAUGGACAAUUGUAUGCAUUUUUACAAACUCUUGAGUGACAUCAAGACAGAAGUAGAAUUGGUCAUAAGACUAGGUAGACAGAUAGUAGAGAAUCAGCAGACUGAGAGUCCCAGGGAACUCAGUCAACGUUUGGAUAUCUUGAAAAGUCGAUACAACCAACUGGGUGCUAAGGUUACAGAAAGCAAGUCUGUGUUAGAAAAGGCGCUGAAAAUAAGCCAAAAACUAAAGACAGAAAUGAGCAUUCUUCAGGAGUGGCUAGACAAAACUGGCACUGAACUGGAGCAGAGGAAAAGUAGGAGAAGUUCUUUGGAUAUUCAUGAAGAAUCAUUAUUUGCAAAACAAACCCUGCAGGAAAUGGACAAGCGACAUGCAAUGUUAUCAUCUGUUUGUGACUUGACUGAUACUCUAGUGGGAAUAGCUCAACCUCCUGGUCUGCCUGAGCUUACAGAAAGUGUAGCUGAGGUUAAAAAACAGUGGACCACUCUUAAGAGGAAGUUAAGAGAUCGUCAGAAAGAAGUGGAGGACACUGAUCAGGAAGGAUCUGUAAGACUACAAGAAUUUAUGAGUUCCCUAGAGAGAGUGAAGUCUUGGCUUGUUAAUGCAGAAGCUGAACUUGAUACCUUGGAGAAACUCUCACCUGAAACUGAGUUUGGUCAUUCACGUAAACAGAGACUAAAAACUUUGCAUUCAGAAUUAGUUGAUAUGAGCAGCAAGGUUGAUGACCUACGAGAUGAUGCUCUUGAGCUCAUCCGAGUGGGAGACAGGUACCAACAAACUGUGGAACCUGAGCUGACACACCUAAAUCAACGCUGGGACACUGUUUCAGACAGAAUUAAGCAAAAACAGCAGGGCCGAACAGAGGUGGUGAUUGAAGUCCAGAGAAGUAUUGUAACAGAACUUCGGGCUUCUCCAGUUCAGCUGUCAUCUUCUGAACCAGGAUCUCCUCGACUGGAAGAUUUGAUAGUAAAACUUGAUGACACCUUGAAAUCCAUAGAUAAUUUGGACAAAAAAUUUAAAGAUGGCUAUCAUCUUCAGUCUCCUGAUGUGACACGAGAAAUUGAUGAAAUAGAAAAGCAAAAUAGAGAGGAUAUUGGAAAAAUGGACUCUCGAGUAGUACAGGUUAGCACAGAAGGGGAUAAAAUGCUUCAUCGAAUUGGUCCAUCAGAAUCUUCUCAAGUCCUCCAGAUAAAGAAGAAAUUGGAAGGCAUUUCUAAAAAUUGGAGGAUGGCUAAGAAAGAAGGAAAUGCUCAACAACAGAAACUAAGGGAGUUAAGGUCAAACUGGCAGAAGCUGGAAGAAGAACGUGACAGAGUACUUGCCCAACUUGUUAGCCUUCUUCAAAACUUAGAACAAGCUAGGAACAGUCAGCAGCAACAGAAAGCUGUACAAGAACAAGCUGGUAAAGUUGGCCAAGAGGUGGCAGCACUACAACAACAAGCCAAGGUACUACAGGAACAAGGAGUACCGCACAGUGCUCUACAGUUUCUGCUCCAACGACUAGUCCAACUGUGGCUUCAGGCUGAAGCCCAGCUUAGUACUCUGCAAAAACCAGAGUUUCCACACACCAAAACUGUGGUUACUCAGACAGAAAAGAGCCCAGGCACUGAAAUUAAUAACUCCAAAACUGAAAAUGUCUCUUCAAAUUUUAUUGCAAAAGUUGACAAAUUGAGAGAAGCUAUUGCCUCUGUUAACCGACAACUUCACCAGCCAGAACUUGUUGGUAAAGACUUUGAAGAGUUUAUCAAGCAGGAGAGUGAAUUAAAGGUUGUGAAAGGUGCCUUAGAAUCGCUGAAACCCAACCUUGAAGCAGUGAAAGUUGAAGGUCAAGCACUGGUUAAAAAAAAGUCUGGAACAGAAAGCCAACAGCUUUCCAGGGUGCUGGACAAACUUUCUGAGGAAUGGACAAAAGUGAAACAAGCAUAUACAGAAAGAUACAAUCGUUGGCUCAAAGCUAGGGACGUGUGGCAGAAGUUUGAUACCAGCUUACGAACACUAAGUAAUUGGCUGUCUGAGACUGAGACUAUCCUUGUGCGUACAAGACUCCCUAGUGGUGAUCUUGACUUUGAAAAAGCUCGAAGGCACCAAGAGAGCUUACAACAACAAGUCACGGAAAAGAUGACCCUUCUGGAAUUGGUCACAACUACUGGCCGUCGAGUGGCUGAACAGUGCUCCCCACCAGAUGCUGUCUUGUUGCAAGAACAGUUAGACUCGAUCAACCGACGCUGGAAGAGUUUAGUAACUGAUCUUGCUUCACGCAGAGAAAAAUUAGAAAAAGAUGGUAGUCAGCUUGCUGAAGUUAAAGAAGAAAUGUUGGAUUUAAUUUUUUGGUUGGAUGAGACAGAAACAUUUGUGUGUGGUACACCAUAUCCAACUGACAUACCUGGCAUCAAAGAAACUUUAGAAAAUCUCAAGAGAAUAGAAGAAGAAACAGGACCAAGAAGAACAAGCAUGAUGUCAGUUCUGUUGGCUCGUACACUUCUUCGACCAGAUGAUGUUGAUAAAGCAGAAGAGAGGUUUCAUAAGGUGUCAACAGACGUGCCAGAACUGAGACAUAAACUUGAGACUCAUUUGAGUAAUUUGACACUGUUCUUAGAACAACUUGAAGCAGAAAAGUUGUGGAUCUUAGAAACUAAAAAUACACUGGAGAAGUAUCAGGAAGAGAUUGCACCUCCUCCGUUGGAAACUGUAGUUGAUCCUGAUAUCAUUCAGACUCAUGCUGUAGCAUUCAACCAGUUAGAAGAGAGCUAUAGACAGUUGAAAAAAAACAGUCAGGCCAUGCCUCCAGCUGUACGUGAUGACCUGCAGACUGUCAGAGAAGAAUGGGUUGCUGUACAAGAAAUGAUCAGACCUUUGGUAGUUGUGAAUCUAGAUCAAAAUUUAAGUUCUAGUAGAAAAGCAUCAGUUUCCUCUACAUUCAGUGCCACAGGAAAACCACUUGUUUCAGCAGAAGGGCGUCAAGGAGAAUCGUUCUCAACAGGAUUUCAACGAGACUUGGAUAGCUUAGCAAGGCAUCUUCAAGACUGGUUAACAACACAGGAUUUGAGUUUAAGAGCUCAAGUUGUGGACAUUAUUGAUGAACAAGGAGUUGAAACAGCUAUUGAAAGAGUUGAGAAGUUUCUGUUGGACUACAGCCAUAAGGACAUUCAUCUGAAAAAGCUACAGACCGCUAUUGACCAGCAGAAACAGACAACUAACGAGGAAGUAAACGAGGAGUUGGAAAGAAAAGUCGGACAGCUAAGACAGGACUGGGAAGACGCAAGAGAACGAGCGAUGCAGCGAAAGAAAAAACUGGAAGGAAUAUCUGCUGAUGGGCGAAGUUUUGAGGAAAAAAGGCGUGAAGUAGAAGCGUGGCUUGGACGUGCUGAAUGUAGACUAGAAAAGCUGCCACCUGUCGGACAAACUCUAGACGUUUUGGAGGUUCAGUUGAAGGAGCAGAAACUUCUUCGGCAUGAGGUACACCAGUGGAGGUCAACUGUAGAAAGUCUUAGUAGACAUGCACAGAAGCUGACUACAGAUUAUCCACGUGAUGAUUCGAGCAAAGCACGGAUUGCAGCAGAUCAGGCUUACCAUCGCUAUACUAAGCUUUGCCAUAGUAUCCAAGGUCGCGGCAAGGCCCUUCAGAAUGCCCUUAUAUCUCUACAGCAGCUAGACAAAGCCUUGGACGGAUUUUUAGCAUGGCUCUCUGAAGCGGAAUCCACACUGGAGAUGCUAGAGUCCGACAUCAGCCGAGUUGGGCCUCAGAAAGAUGACCAAAAUAUAACCAGUUGGCUUGAACAAGUGAAGGAGCUUCAACAAGAAAUAGAGUCCCAGCGAGAUCUUCACGUCACUUUAAACGAACGAAGUAGUCACUUACUUAAGAGUCUUAAUCUUAAGUGUCAUGAUGAUGCACUGUUGCUACAAAGAAAGCUCGAGGAGAUGAACCAGCGAUGGAAUGAACUCCGCCUCAAGACUGCCUCAAUCAGAAACCAGUUAGAGAGUCAUUCAGAGCAGUGGAAUCAACUGUUGCUGUCAUUAAGAGAACUCACAGAAUGGGUGAUCAAGAAAGAUACUGAACUUGCUGCUCAGCCACCUCUGGGUGGUGAUGUUGCCAGUGUAACUAAACAACAAGACGAGCACAAGGCCUUUUGUAGACAGUUGGAUGACAAACGUCCUGUGAUUGAAAGCAACCUCCUGGCUGGAAGACAGUAUCUAGCAAAAGAGCCACAAUUUACAGACACUAGUGAUUCUGAAGGUAUGUCAUUUGAUCUAGACCUCAUUGAAAGUAGAGGAUAUCGAAGUGCUGAAGAACAGGCCAGGGAAAUUAAUCAGAGUAUUCGAAGAGAAGUGAGAAAACUGGCUGAAAAAUGGAGUUCUCUUGUAACUCGUUCAGAACAAAGACAAAAACGAAUUGAAGAAGUUUUUUCAAAAAUGCAGUCUCUUCAGAAGGGAAUGAAUGAGCUGAAUAGCCAGCUUCAAACAGCAGAAGCAGAGACAUCAGAGUGGACACCGGUGACAGAUCUUGCUGGGGACCAAAUAACUGAACAGUUGGAUGAAUUGAAGGAGUUCAAGAAGAAUAUGGAAUCUAUUCACAGUGUGGCUAGUGUAAUGAAUAAAUCUGCAGCUCGUUUCACAGACAGUAACCUUCCACUCUCCAGUGCCAACCAUAGUCGACUCGAGGAUCUCAACACAAAACUUCGACAGUUGCAGGCAGCCAUUGAUGAUCGACAGAAGCAGCUUGAAGAAGCUCAAGUAGAUCGAGGUUCAGCUCAACAGAAAUACCUUAAUGCAUCUGUGGAUGCUCCCUGGGAACGUGGUGUUGCAGUAAAUAAAGUGCCUUAUUAUAUCAAUCAUACCACUGAAACGACAACUUGGGAACACCCAAAACUGACAGAUCUUCUUGAUUCACUAUCUGAAUUCAAUGAUGUGAAGUUUUCAGCUUAUAGAACGGCCAUGAAGUUACGUGCAGUUCAAAGAAGGCUAUGUCUGGAUCUUGUUCAUCUCAACAAUUUAAUCAGUGCAUUUGACCACCAUGGCUUGAGAGCACAGAAUGACAAGUUAAUCACUGUUCCUGAAAUCCUUACAUGUCUAGCCACUGUUUAUGACAGUGUAUCAAGUGAACACUCCUCAUUAAUGCAGAAGCCGCUCUGUAUGGAUCUCUGUCUUAACUGGUUACUCAGUCUUUAUGACAACACCUCCAGAGUAGGACAUCUUCGUAUCUUGUCUUUCAAAGUGGGUAUUGUCCUUCUGUGUAGAGGCACUCUGGAAAAUAAAUUCAGAUAUCUCUUUCGUUUAAUUGCUGAUGUCAAAGGAUCUGUGGAUGAGAGAAAACUUGGUCUUCUACUCUAUGACUGUAUGCAGAUUCCAAGGAUGUUAGGUGAAAUAGCAGCAUUUGGAGGAAGUAAUAUUGAACCAAGUGUCAGAAGCUGCUUUGAAAAAGGUAGCAAGAAGAAAGAAAUUCAGGUAAUUCAUUUCUUGGCAUGGCUUCAGCAGGAGCCUCAGUCCUUAGUAUGGCUACCUGUUCUCCACAGACUUGCUGCAGCUGAGACAGCUAAGCACCAAGCUAAAUGUAACAUUUGUAAACUGUAUCCCAUUGUUGGCUUCAGGUAUCGAUGCUUGAAAUGUUUCAACUUUGAUAUCUGUCAGAGUUGUUUCUUCUCAGCAAGAAAAUCAAAGGCUCACAAGUUAACCCAUCCAGUUCAAGAAUAUUGUACAACGACAACCUCAGGAGAAGAUGUGCGAGACUUUACAAGAGUUGUACGCAAUAAACUAAAGUCCAAGCAUUACUUCAAGAAGCACCCUAGAUUGGGAUACUUACCAGUUCAGACAGUCUUGGAAGGAGACGACUUGGAAAGUCCUGCUCCAUCUCCUCAGCACACAUUAUCGUCACAAGAAAUGCAUUCCCGGCUGGAACUGUAUGCCAGCAGAUUAGCUGAAGUUGAACUUAGGGGUAGAAACAAUUCAACUCCUGAUUCAAGUGAAGAUGAGCACCAGCUGAUUGUCCAGUAUUGUCAAACACUAAGUGGAGAGAACUCUUUACCUUUGCCUUGUAGUCCAGCCCAGAUAAUGGCAGUCAUUGAUUCUGAUCAAAAAGAAGAACUAGAAGCCAUGAUUCAAGAACUCGAGGAGGAAAAUAAGCAUCUUCAGGCUGAAUAUGAUCUGCUGAGGGAAUCAAGAACAGGGCUCUCACUCCCUGCUACAGCUACUGAGGACCAGAAUGGUCAAGCUCUGAGUAGAGAUGAUGAAUUGAUAGCUGAGGCCAAGUUGUUACGACAGCAUGAAGGAAGGCUUGAAGCAAGGAUGCAAAUCUUGGAGGACCACAAUCGACAAUUAGAAGCUCAACUUCAAAGACUUAGACAGCUGUUAGAUGAACCUCAGCCUGGAACUGUUAAGAGCUCUAAGUCAGCUUCUGGCCAAACCACUCCAUAUUCCACACCUCAGCCAUCUCUCACUCGUAACAAAAGUCUACCAUCAGAUCCAAGUUCAGAGAAAAAUGGACAAGUUUCUGAAACAGUAGCUCAAUCUGCAGCUGUUGGCAACUUGUUCCACAUGGCAGGAAACCUAGGGAAGGCAGUAGGAACUCUGGUUAACGUAAUGACUGAUGAUGAAGGCGGCAGUGGCUCUGAUGAUGAGAAACAUUGACAAGGAAAGUUCUUGUUGUCGUUUUCUUUGAGCACAUUCACUUGAUGGAGUCCAACAAAAAAUAUUUCAUACUUGUGAAAAAAAAACAAUCAUUUUGGAACCAGGAUUAAGGCCUAAUAGUACUAUUGUACAAGAUAGGAUUUGAAGUGAUUCGGUAAAACACAAGAACAAAGGAUGAUUUUGUUACUCUGUUGACACUGUGAACCAAUGUUCAUGACAUUUAUGAUGUCAUAAAUAUUUCAAAUACUGUCUUCAUUAUGUGUCCUAUCAUUAGCUUGUGUUGAGAAAUACAAAUAUUCUUUAAGAAAAACAAGUCUGUGCAAAGUUUUGGCUUUUUUUUGUGACUUUAACCUAUUGAUUUUAAAAAACAAAAUUAUGGUUCAUUAACUUGUGUAAAUGAUAGAUGAAUUUUUUUUAAAAGUAUUGUUUUUUUCUUGUGAAUAGUAUCUAGUAGAAACUGUCUGUGAUCAGAAAUCUUUUACAAAAACCAAAAUUUUGCAUUGAAAAGUUUUUUGUUUUUUUAAUGACUGUGUUUGAAACAAAUAUUAAUACACUGGUGUUCAUUUUUCUCUAUAACACCCAGAUAUGUUCUGAUUAUAAAGUAACAGAGAGCAGAGAAAAUCAGUUUACCACACAGUGUAAGUUAGAGCAACAAAAGACAACCAUAAUAAUCAUGUUUCACUUGUUUUUUUUUUAAUGUAAUGAAACAAUACAUUUUUCUUCAAAUAAAAAAUCAUGUCUCUAAGACAGUUGUGUUCCGAGUACAUUUUCAAUGUGUAUUCUUGAUUUACAUCGUGUUAGGAAUUCAAUAUAUUUAUUUCAUGUUUUGGCCAUUAUUGUUAUUACUUCCAUUGGUAAAAACGAAUAUCUUAAAAAGAUGGGACUUGUUUUUCUUUUAAAAAGAAUGAGACAUCCUGUUAUUUAUCUGUUAGGGAUAUUUUGAUCAUCCUCUCUAAAAACAAGUUUGAAAAAAGCCAUUACUAUUUUUAAAUCAGUAAAGCAGACACGUGGCUAUGUAUUCGUGUGUGUGUGUGUGUGUGUGUGUGUUUGUUCGUGCCAUUAGUAAUUCUUUUGUCACAAGGUUUGCAUAUUGAAACAUGAGAGAGAUGAUUCUUUGCUGUUGAAACUCAUUCUAGAAUAUUUUUAUAGUAUUAACCGAUUAAUUAAAAAUAGGUGAACUAAAUAAAAAGAGUUGGAAUAUUCUUCAUACUGUAACUUCCAUAACCUUUUUUAUGAGAAAUAUCGUUCUUAUA